GCUGUACAGGGGACCCUAAGCAAGGUUCAACAGGCGGGGAUUAAAAACUUUAAAAUUCCUUUCGGAGAGAGACGGGAUGCUGAGGGGAGGGGAGAGGAGCUGUCAAAGGGCAGGUGUGUGUGGGGGCUGCUUGGAGGAGGAGAAAGGGGGAGGAGGAAGAGCCCGGCAAAGUCCCGGACAGGGGUUUUUGGCCCAAAGGAGGAAGACUUAAGGGCAGCCUAAAGCACGCCUCUUGCCGCGGUCCUCCCUCCCCUACGCUGGGGUUCGGCGGAGGGAUCAUCCCGGGGCCACAGGUUCCCAAGUUGGGCGGCCGCCGCCGCCGCCGCCGGAGAAACCCCGGCGGACGCCAUACUAGAAACCAAAAUGGCUGCCCCGAGGAAGCCCGCACAGCGCAGCCAGUAAGGGCCGUGGAAAAGGCUUCCCGCGGUAGGAGGGAGGAAGGGGGAGGGGACCCCUGCCAGGACCUGCGGCUGCUGCUCGUCCUCCUCGGCCCGGGCCCCCCAAGGAGCUGCGUUGGAAAAGGCUUGAAAGUUCACGUGGCCCUCUCCCUUCCAUUUCAUAAAUGAAGAUCCUUAACCCCACCGAAGGGAAAUGGCCAGCCCUGACUCGGCCAGAGGCACCACGGGGAGUCCCACGGAAGGGGGCGAGGGGCCCGCCCACUUUGGGGUUCUCUCAACUUGGAAGCCAUCAAACGCCAUGAGUCUUGAUUAAGCCCCAAGAGUUUUUCCCAGCUGAGAGAGAACUGCUGCAUCCUGGAAAGAGCGUCGGCUUAGGAGCUGGGAAGCCAGUCACUCUGUGAUCCUGAAUGAACCACUGCCCUCCUCUGUGCCUCCGAUCUCUCCCUAGUAGAUUUGCGGAUAAUAAUGUGUGGCCCCUACCUCACCGGGUUAUUACAAGGAAAGAACUUUGUAAACCUUACGGCCCAAUAGAAAAGUGAACAAUAAACAGAGGAAGUUAAUUCCUGAUUCCUUGCCACUCCCUACACUUGUCUCAACAUAUCCCUUAUUACUUUCCUGAAUUUCAUAAUCAUUCCAUCCCUUCCUUCAUAAAUAACUAGGACCUCAAUUAGUAGUAUCCUCAGUUCCCUGACGUAUUUAUGUUUUCACGUGCCUGUUUACGUAUUUUAUAGCAAAGGCAGCCUAUAUGCACCAUUCUUCCCUCUUUUACGAUAGGGGAGUCCUAUCACAUGUUCCUGGGGACGGAACUGCACAGAGAAAUGGGCUUGUAGCCCUUUAGUUGCCUCUAGCUUCUCCUUUAAAAUUAGCAUCUCAGUGAGUGUCAGGAUCACAAGCCCUUCUUUGGAAUGCUUAUGGUGAGAACUCUAUCCUUAGGGAAAUAGGAAAGAAUCUGAUCCCCUGGCAAAGUGUUUCAGUGAGCUCUCUUUACGUCUCACUUUACUUCAUAUUCCAUCCAACCUGUUUUAAAGUCAAAGGCUUUGCUCUGGCCAUCUUUAAUAAAGGAGAAAAGGCAUUCUUGUGCCGUGAGGAAAAGCCCAUGACCCUGGGGCUUAAAAAGAGAUUUUAAAUAGUUACCCUUCCCAAAAAAAAAGAAAAAAAAUGCCAAUCUUAAUUUGUUUAUAAUUUCUCAUCAUGUCACCUGCUGUCAUUUCCCAGCAUCAGCUUUUUGGAGAGUAAAGGCCUGAAAAUCGGGCCUUUGUGCAUCAGGACUGCUGCAAUCCCAUCCACAACCAUGAGUUUUGUUUUCCUGGAAGAAUGGAUAAGUGACCUCAGCAUACCCCCAUUGGUACAGCUGUCCUAAGGGAAUGGGAACCUUUCUGAAUAACAUCCUGUUCUCUGAGUGCAUAUAUAAACUGGAUACAUGCAGCGCCACACCUUAUCAGACAAACUGUAUAUUAAAUAUCUGGAUUCAUUACAGCUGUUGUCACUGUUAAUCAUUGCAAAGGUUUGAUAUGGGUUGUUGGCUUGAAUUUAGGAGUGACAUCUGCUCUGAUAAUUUUUAGAAGAGAUCCUUCUGUAGGUGGAAAGCUAAAGUGAUAUAAUUACCCAUCAGCCAUCAGUCAAGCAUCUUGUGGGAGAGGCUGUUGGCUCCAGCUGUUGAGAGCAGUGGUAGACUAAGAACAAACUCAUAGAACUUGUUUGAAUUGUUAAAUUGAUCUAUUUUGGAUCCCUGGGCAGAGGCCAUGUAAUAUUCCAGAGUGUGCAGUCAACACCAAAAGGGAACAUUUGAAAGUUAUAUAUCACCUAAAGAGAAUCCCUCUUUUAUGACACCAGUAAACAUCUUGGGUAUAUUGAUCCAAUUAUAGCUGAUACUUCUGUGCUUUAUCAACAUAAAAUACUAUCCAGGAAAAAUGAUAAAAUUUUUCCUCAUGGUGAAUAAGCAAGGACAGACCAGACUUUCUAGAUACUAUGAACAUAUAGAAAUCAAUAAGAGAACUAUUCUGGAAGCAGAUGUCAUCAAAACAUGCUUAUCACGGUCCAAGGAACAAUGCUCUUUUAUCGAGUAUAAGGAUUUUAAGCUCAUAUAUCGGCAGUAUGCAGCUCUCUUCAUCGUAGUUGGAAUCAACGAAACGGAGAAUGAAAUGGCUGUAUAUGAAUUCAUCCAUAAUUUUGUGGAAGUUUUGGACAUGUAUUUCAGCCGAGUGAGUGAAUUAGAUGUAUCCUUUUCAAUAUUGUGUGCCUAUUUGCAUGUCCACUAUGCAAAGACUCUCCUGUGACUAAGCGGGCAGGAUAACAGCUCUACACGACCUGGCCACAACCUAUCUAUCUUUUCGAGCCGCUGGAUAUUACUGCCCCUUCUAGCCAAAUUUGCCCUCUCUUUGUUCCUCACACAUAAUUUCGUAUAUCUUGUCUCAAUAUCUUUGCUGAAUAGCAGUUCCUCAUGGCUGGGAUGAUAGGAUAACUUCCUAAGUUAGUGCCCUCCUUCCAAAAUUAUCUUGCAUUUAACUGCUAAUAAAAUAAUAUUUAUUAUCUGUUUAUUUAUGCUGUAAGUAUUUUUAUAUGUACUUAUCUUCUCCAUUAGAAUAUAAGCUUAAGAAUUAACAAAUAAGAACUAUGUGUCAUUAUUUGUACUUGCAUCCCUAGAGCCUAACAGUAUGUAAAUACCCUCUCCUAGAUCACUGCUUUGAAGGCAAAAGAAGAGAAUGAUAGAAGAUGAGACAAUUCCUUAGUAUCUGGAUUACAAUACUUGCUAACGGAGUUACAGAGGAUUGAAAGUGGCAAUAAUAGGGGGUUGAGAUGGGGAUGAUUUGUAUUAAUAGAAUUUUUGCAUAAAUGAUUUUAACACCUCAAGGAACAAUUCAUGACAAAGAAAAUUUCAAAUGAAAAGAGAGAUCCAUAAUAAACAAUUUAUAGCAAAAUGCA